AUGAUGUAUUCUAAUGAGUUUAUAUGUUUUAAAAACCAUUUUUACUCGUGUGUGUGUAAAUAUAUACCCAUUAAUCGCAACUUAAGUAGGCUUAGCACUCAUAUUAACACGAUCGCAAAUAAAUAUAGGUUUUACUCAACCUAUUACAAUAAAAUUAAUGAAGAUGCUUCUAAAUUAAGUGUGGACUCGGAUUCCUACCAUAUUAUUAAUGUAUUGAAGGAAUUCACUAAUUCUGGAUAUAAUUCUACUGUUUUGACUAAAGUUGUUUCCAAAUCAGAUAUAGAUGGAAUAGAUGGGAUGGACAUAUAUAAAUAUUUAGUGUUUUUGCAAGUGUGCAACAAACUCAAGAUAAAGGAUUUGGACCUCGUAUCGCCUAUUUCUGUCAAUUUAAGUUCAAUAUACUCAAAAUUAGUUACUGAACCCAGUGAAAAUGAUUUUGUGGAUUUAAAAUCGACUACCCUUGGUAUGGUUUUAAGAGUUUACAUUCCAUAUUUAGCACUGUGUAGAAUCUACAACGAGUUGAAAUUACUGUAUGACCCCUUAUUUUUGCUUAUAUCAAAUCGGUUUUCAAAGGAAUUGGAAAAGUUUGACUGGGAGGAGUUGAGUUUGUUGUUAAGAACAUAUUCAUACCAGAGAUAUAAUGAGGCUGAAAUAGUUAAAAGAAUCCACGACCACAUAAAAAAUAAGAGUUUGGAUAACCUUGAUGUGAGUUCCUCAGUAUCCAUGUACUCUAGUCUGGCAUAUCUGGAAUACCUGUCCCCAAUAGUUAAGAGGAAGCUUGAGAGUGUGUUCAUGGAGUUUGGAGACGAAUUAUACAUCUUAAAAGAAAGUGUAAAUCUGGAGAGUGUGUUAGAUGUGGCAUACGCAAACUUGCUGAUGGACGCUCCAUCAAUUAACGAUAUGGAAAUAGUGUUGUCAUGUUUACACAGGAUCGCAAACAAUUAUAAAUCGGGAGACUUGAGCAUAAACUUUUUGAGGAAGUUCACAGUGGUAGUAUCGUACAUGAAGUGUCUACACAGGGGAAUGUACAAUAAGUUGGAUGAUGUAACGAAGAGGGAAAUCAUGGAAAUAUUGAUUAAAUACAAUGAACACAAAAGGUUUGAAAGCACAAUAUUUGUUGAAAAGGUGUCUGAGCAUUUGAAGAGGAUGAGAAUAGGAUGUGAUGUUAACACGUAUAAAAAUGGAGUUGCGCUGGAUAUAGUGGAAAAGGACCAAAACCUGGUGUGGAUGUGUAACUCGUAUCACAGGUUCUACGCAACCACUUUUAACAUGACGGCAAACAGUAAAUUGGUAACUAAACUGAUAAGAGCAUUCGGAUACAAAGUAGCAGUCAUAAAUUACUACCAAUGGGGAAGAAUGAAGUGCAAAAGAACAAGGUUCGCGUUCUUGAGGAUGGCAAGAUACUACGCGCUCAAGGAUAAAAGGGAAUAUGAUCCAAAAUAUUCGGGGUGGAGCCUGCCAUAUAUAUGGUGGAACUAUACAGCAAGAGAUCGACUACACAUUUCACAUUAUGACCACUUUAACCCAUAA